UCAUCCUCAUAGGGUUUUCUCUCUCCUCCGUCUCUCGUCAUCGUCUCUGCAGAUACUCUCGCCGGAAUUUUUACCUGCAGAGCCCACGAUUUUCCCGAGGAUCUUCUAUUUCGUCCACAGAGAGAUGGCGUCUAGGAUUUCCGUUGCCGGUUUCGCGUUAUUCACUUUUGUUUUCGCCGUCAUUUCGUCUCUCGCCAGCGCUCAAUCCCUAGCUCCUGCUCCUGCUCCCACCAGCGAUGGGACAUCGAUAGAUCAAGGGAUAGCGUAUUUGCUAAUGGUGGUGGCGCUAGUCCUCACUUACCUAAUUCAUCCUCUUGAUGCUUCUUCUUCUUACAGCUUCUUCUGAUAUUUCUCUUCAGCAAAUUUUUAUUCAUUUCCCAAGUUCUAGUUUCAAUUUGCCUUUUAUUUUUGUGGAUAAAUUCUCAGUCUGGCUAUUAAUUUGCUCAUGAUUUGUGCCUUGUCUCGAUUGUGAUUUCGAUUUCUGGAGAAUGAUCACUAUUCUAUUUGUUUUCCAUCACUCUUAUUGUUCCUUAAUUAAUUUAUUCAUAUAUAAUUCAUGAGAUGUUUGUUUAUAAGCUUGAAUGAAAUGAAAUACCAUAAA